UUGCCUUGUCUUCCAACUUUUGUUUCUUUACAGCAAUGAAAUUACAUUGCAUCAUAUAUAAGAACUGAGAGGUCUGGUCCCCAGUCUUCCACCAAUCAAAAUUAACUGACCAGAGUGCUUCUGACCAGCACAUUCACCAGCUAAGAAGUUUCUCCAAGGCUACCAAAAGAUGAAGCCACUGUGUUUGGUCUUUGGCCUCUGGGUUCUUACAGGAUGCUUCCUGUCCAGUGAAUGUCACAGAAGCCCCAGAAGACAUGAUCCUAGAGGACCACCUCCUCCUCCUCCUCCUGGCCCCCCUCCCUAUGGUCCAGGAUUUGGUCAACCACCCCCUCCACCCUUUGGUCCAGGAAUUGGUCGACCGCCCCCUCCUCCUCCCUUCGGUCCAGGAAUUGGUCAACCGCCCCCUCCUCCUCCCUUUGGUCCAGGAAUUGGUCGACCACCCCCUCCUCCUCCCUUUGGUCCAGGAAUUGGUCGACCUCCCCCUCCUCCUCCCUUUUUUCCUCCUUAUAUUCUGGUUUCUCCACACCCUAGACCUCCAAGCAAUUCUACUCAACCUCCUCCCACAGUACAAGCAAGUACAAUACCAGCUGCAAAUAUCUCCAUAACCACUGCUACUGCCCCAAAUUCCACUGAUAUUCUUUGGAGGUUGUGGCAAUUAAUAAAUUCUUAUGUGCAGGCAGAAUAA